AUGCAUGGCUUCGACCUCACCCAAGCGCCGCCGGAAUUCCAGGCGUGGGAGUGGACCAGCUACCUGUGCCACUCGUACACGAACAUCACCUGGGUGUACGUCUACUACCUGAUCAUCCAGCACUCGUACACGGACCGGUCGUACAGCAUGCCGCUGAUCUCGCACUGCUUCAACAUCGCGUGGGAGAUCACCUUCGGGUUCUUCUUCACGCUGGACCACUGGCUGAUCACGCUGUCCUUCCAGGUCGGCCUGCUGACCAACCUGGGCACGAUCUACACGGCCAUCCGCUACGGGGGCCCGCGCGAGUGGGCGCACGCCCCGCUGGUCCAGCGCUACCUGCCGGGCUGGUACCUCCUCGGCAUCGCCUUCGCCAUCCCCGCCCACCUGACGCUGGUCGACGAGCUGGGCCCCAUGGCCGCCUGCUUCGCCAACGCCAUCGUCUGCCAGGUCAUCCUCAGCGUCGGCUACUUCGGCCAGCUGCUGACGCGCGGCAGCACCCGCGGCAACUCCUGGCGCCUGUGGUUCUUCCGCUUCACCGGCUCGCUGACCCUCGUCCCGGAGUUCUACCUGCGCGCCCGCCACUGGCCCGCCGAGUUCGGCUUCCUCGGCAAGCCCUUCAUGCUCUGGUGCUGCGCCAUGUACCUCGUCUUCGACCUGGCGUAUGGGGCCCUCUUCUGGUACUUCCGGCGGCUGGAGCACGAGGCGGAGCGGGCGCGGAGGGUGCUGAAGAAGAGCGGCUGA